AUAUUUUGAAACUUACACACUCAACUCAAAUUGGUAUACUUAUAAAUUCUGCAUCUGAUCACCACCUGCCCAACCCCAAUCUCGUAACACUCUUAAAAAGAGAGCAUCUUAGCGCAAUAGUUCCUUCACUCCUUUCACCAAAAGUUUUAAUGCAGAUUCUCUAAACCUUUAUACCCUUUCAAAGUUCAAAAACCUUAUUCUUUCAAAUAAUCAUUUUACUUAAAAAAUAUAUAUAUAUAUAUAUAUACAUGAAAGGAAUCGAUAUAUUCUGUGCAUCCCAAGCUUCAACUUCCAUAUGUCUUAGUAUGGAAGAAGCCUCAUCAUCUUCUUCUUCUUCUGUAAUCCAAUUAGGCGGCGGCAGUAUUUCUGCCAGCCGCCUAAUCGACCGUCACAACCCUAUCAUUAGAGAUUCUAGAAGAAUCGGUGGCAGUGGCCGUGUUGAACGGCCACUGCCACCUUGUUCUUCUCAGCAGCCAGUUUCUCCAAAACCAAAGAAGAAGAAUAAUAACAAAAAGAGUAGUACUACAUCUUCAAAAGCAUCAAUAGAAACCAACAAGAAAAAGGCUAAUAAUAAUGAUCAUAAAGGUCAUUUUAUUAAGAGAAGUAGUUGGAGUUGUACAAAGCCUGGUGAAUUUAUUACUCCACCUAGUUCUUCAAGGUACCUUUUAAGUGAAAAAGAUUUGUUUGAUGCUUUAACUGAUUAUCAUGAUCCAGUUUUGAAGUUAGUUAAUUCCAAGUCCUGUAAAGAUGUGAAAGUAGCAGCAGAUGAAUCUUCUACUCCAAAGCCACCAUCUUCUUCUCCCUCAAAGGACCAGGUGGUUGUUCUAAGAGUUUCACUGCAUUGCAGAGGAUGUGAGAAGAAGAUGAGGAAACAUCUCUCUAGAAUGCAAGGGGUGACAUCUUUCAACAUAGACUUUGCUGCAAAGAAGGUAGAAGUUAUUGGGGAUGUGACACCACUUGAGGUUCUUGCUAGUAUUUCUAAGGUGAAAAAUGCACAACUUUGGCCACCCACUCUGGCAUCUUCAGUCCCUUCAGCUAAAGCUAAUAAUUUUAUCAACUUUGAGUUGACGAAUAUUACAAAGAAGCCUGUUCUGUCCGAUGGAAAAUUAGAAAAUCUAACUUCUCCAAAUUUACCGGGAGAAUCUUGGAGUAAUGAUAAAAUUAUCUCUGUGUGACUUAUGGGUAACAGGUUUGAGUUGCGAAAUCAGCACUGAUGCUUGUGCAAGAAUACACUACUUAUAUCACACUUCUUUGGAGUGGACCCUUCCUCGGACUCUUCAAGUAUACCUUGGAGAUCAAUUUGUUUUCUUAUCUGGGGGUUUAAUUUGUGGUAUUUGUAAGCUUCUGGUCUUGAGUAAUGAACUCUUUUAUACCUAGUAGUUUCUUUAUAUAGCAAAAUAAGUUCAAAGAAGAAAAAUGCAAUUCUUGAA